GAUUGGAACUCCCAGGGCUGCCCGUGCUUUGUCCUCUGGCCCGUGGCCGCUCGGAGAGGUGGACGCCUCGGCGCCUCCGUCUCCCCGGGUCCCGGCGCUCCUCUCCGGGGGCCGAAACGUGCCCCGAGUUUGACUGUUCACGUUUUUAUUUCUCGGCCUCUCUCUCCGCGACCCUUGGGCGCCUCUACUCCGUGCUUCUAGUUGCAUCCAGACCCAAUCGUUUGUCGGGGCGCUUAGUACCCCGGACCCCCCGGCUUGGCCUUGGGGGCGCCCUCCCGACGCUCCGGCCCGGGCCUGCACCACCUCCCCCGCCCUGGCCCCCUCUCUCCCGGCCGCCGGGAGGCCCCCGCGCUGCCCUUCCGGACCUGCCACCCUCCAAACUUGGGCUGGACUCCGCUUCGCCACGCGCUCCCUUCUGCCUCCCCUCGCCCGCUGCGUAGCUGUAACUUGGAGGCUUAGCUCUCAACUUGGGGUGAUUUUUCUUUGCUAGCUAUCCUCUCCUUGGGCAAAGUUUCCCGAGCGCGGCCGCGGGCUCAGGGCUUUCACUUCGGCCGCCGGCGGCCGCACACGGGGAGCAGGCGCGGCGGCGGCGGAGAGGGGAAGUGGGUGUGCGCACGGAGGAGGGUGUCCGGGAGCAACUCUACCUGGCUUCCCUCCGCCCGCGCGUCUCCGGCCCCGGGCAGCAGCCUCCCCGUACACUCCAGCGGAAAAGAAAUCUUUCAUUUUGGGGUGCACGUGCGGCGUGGGGAAGGAGCACGUCUUGCUCCCCCCCAACCCCUAUCCCCUCCGCCCCUUUCUUCUCCCCCAGCCGCGCCGCUGUUUCGGCGCUCGUUGCGGCCACUGGCACUGAUGAAGAUAUUUUCUCUGGAGUCUCCUUUCUAACCCGGCUCUCCCGAUGUGAACCGAGCCGUCGUCCGCCCGCCGCCGCCGCCGCCGCCGCCGCCGCCCGCCCGCCCCGCAGCCCACCAUGUCUCGCCGCAAGCAAGGCAAACCCCAGCACUUAAGCAAACGGGAAUUCUCGCCCGAACCUCUUGAAGCCAUUCUUACAGAUGAUGAACCGGACCACGGCCCUUUGGGAGCUCCAGAAGGGGACCAUGACCUCCUCACGUGUGGGCAGUGCCAGAUGAACUUCCCAUUGGGGGACAUUCUUAUUUUUAUCGAGCACAAACGGAAACAAUGCAAUGGCAGCCUCUGCUUAGAAAAAGCUGUGGAUAAGCCACCUUCCCCUUCACCAAUCGAGAUGAAAAAAGCAUCCAAUCCUGUGGAGGUUGGCAUCCAGGUCACGCCAGAGGAUGACGAUUGUUUAUCAACGUCAUCUAGAGGAAUUUGCCCCAAACAGGAACACAUAGCAGAUAAACUUCUGCACUGGAGGGGCCUCUCCUCCCCUCGUUCUGCACACGGAGCUCUAAUCCCCACGCCCGGGAUGAGUGCAGAAUAUGGCCCGCAGGGUAUUUGUAAAGAUGAGCCCAGCAGCUACACAUGUACAACUUGCAAACAGCCAUUCACCAGUGCAUGGUUUCUCUUGCAACACGCACAGAACACUCAUGGAUUAAGAAUCUACUUAGAAAGCGAACACGGAAGUCCCCUGACCCCGCGGGUUGGUAUCCCUUCAGGACUAGGUGCAGAAUGUCCUUCCCAGCCACCUCUCCAUGGGAUCCAUAUUGCAGACAAUAACCCCUUUAACCUGCUAAGAAUACCAGGAUCAGUAUCCAGAGAGGCUUCCGGCCUGGCAGAAGGGCGCUUUCCACCCACUCCCCCCCUGUUUAGUCCACCACCGAGACAUCACUUGGACCCCCACCGCAUAGAGCGCCUGGGGGCGGAAGAGAUGGCCCUGGCCACCCAUCACCCGAGUGCCUUUGACAGGGUGCUGCGGUUGAACCCAAUGGCUAUGGAGCCUCCCGCCAUGGAUUUCUCUAGGAGACUUAGAGAGCUGGCAGGGAACACGUCUAGCCCACCGCUGUCCCCAGGCCGGCCCAGCCCUAUGCAAAGGUUACUGCAACCAUUCCAGCCAGGUAGCAAGCCGCCCUUCCUGGCGACGCCCCCCCUCCCUCCUCUGCAGUCCGCCCCUCCUCCCUCCCAGCCCCCGGUCAAGUCCAAGUCAUGCGAGUUCUGCGGCAAGACGUUCAAAUUUCAGAGCAACCUGGUGGUGCACCGGCGCAGCCACACGGGCGAGAAGCCCUACAAGUGCAACCUGUGCGACCACGCGUGCACGCAGGCCAGCAAGCUGAAGCGCCACAUGAAGACGCACAUGCACAAGUCGUCCCCCAUGACGGUCAAGUCCGACGACGGCCUCUCCACCGCCAGCUCCCCGGAACCUGGCACCAGCGACCUGGUGGGCAGUGCUAGCAGCGCGCUCAAGUCCGUGGUGGCCAAGUUCAAGAGCGAGAAUGACCCCGGCCUGAUCCCGGAGAACGGGGACGAGGAGGAAGAGGAGGACGACGAGGAAGAGGAAGAAGAGGAGGAAGAGGAGGAGGAGGAGCUGACCGAGAGCGAGAGGGUGGACUACGGCUUCGGGCUGAGCCUGGAGGCGGCGCGCCACCACGAGAACAGCUCGCGGGGCGCCGUGGUGGGCGUGGGCGACGAGGGCCGGGCCCUGCCCGACAUCAUGCAGGGCAUGGUGCUCAGCUCCAUGCAGCACUUCAGCGAGGCCUUCCACCAGGUCCUGGGCGAGAAGCAUAAGCGUGGCCACCUGGCCGAGGCCGAGGGCCACAGGGACACUUGUGACGAAGACUCGGUGGCCGGCGAGUCGGACCGCAUAGACGAUGGCACUGUUAACGGCCGCGGCUGCUCCCCGGGCGAGUCGGCCUCCGGGGGCCUGUCCAAGAAGCUGCUGCUGGGCAGCCCCAGCUCGCUGAGCCCCUUCUCCAAGCGCAUCAAGCUCGAGAAGGAGUUCGACCUGCCCCCAGCCGCGAUGCCCAACACCGAGAACGUGUAUUCGCAGUGGCUCGCUGGCUACGCGGCCUCCAGGCAGCUCAAAGAUCCCUUCCUUAGCUUCGGAGACUCCAGACAAUCGCCUUUCGCCUCCUCGUCUGAGCACUCCUCGGAGAACGGGAGCUUGCGCUUCUCCACGCCACCCGGGGAGCUGGACGGAGGGAUCUCGGGGCGCAGCGGCACGGGAAGUGGAGGGAGCACGCCCCAUAUUAGUGGUCCGGGCCCGGGCAGGCCCAGCUCAAAAGAGGGCAGACGCAGCGACACUUGUGAGUACUGUGGGAAAGUCUUCAAGAACUGUAGCAAUCUCACUGUCCACAGGAGAAGCCACACGGGCGAAAGGCCUUAUAAAUGCGAGCUGUGCAACUAUGCCUGUGCCCAGAGUAGCAAGCUCACCAGGCACAUGAAAACGCAUGGCCAGGUGGGGAAGGACGUUUACAAAUGUGAAAUUUGUAAGAUGCCUUUUAGCGUGUACAGUACCCUGGAGAAACACAUGAAAAAAUGGCACAGUGAUCGAGUGUUGAAUAAUGAUAUAAAAACUGAAUAGAGGUAUAUUAAUACCCCCCUCACUCCCACUUGACACCUCCUUUUUUCAUCACCCCCUUCCCCAUCGCCCUCCAGCCCCACUCCCAGUAGGAUUUUUUUUCUAGUCCCAUGUGAUUUAAACAAGCAAGCAAGCAAGCAAACAAACAGAAGUAACGGAAGCUAAGAAUAUGAGAGUGCUUGUCACCAGCACACCUAUUUUUUUUUUCUUUUUCUUUUUUCUUUUUCUUUUUUUCCUUUUAUGUUCUCACCGUUUGAAUGCAUGAUCUGUAUGGGGCAAUACUAUUGCAUUUUACGCAAACUUUGAGCCUUUCUCUUGUGCAAUAAUUUACAUGUUGUGUAUGUUUUUUUUUUUUAAACUUAGACAGCAUGUAUGGUAUGUAAUGGCUAUUUUAAAUUGUCCCCGAUUCGUUGUUGAGCAAAAAUGUUGCUGUUUCCAGUUCCGUUCUGAGAGAAAAAGAGAGAGAGAGAGAAAAAGACCAUGCUGCAUACAUUCUGUAAUACAUAUCAUGUACAGUUUUAUUUUAUAAUGUGAGGAGGAAAAACAGUCUUUGGAUUAACCCUCUAUAGACAGAAUAGGUAGUGCUGAAAGAAAAUCUCUAUGAGCUAAAUGUCUGUCUCUAAAGGGUUAAAUGUAUUAAUUGGAGAGGGAAAAAAGGGCCUUGAAUUGACAAAUUAACAGAAACACAAAACAAGUUUAUUCUAUCAUUUGGUUUUAAAAUAUGAGUGCCUUGGAUCUAUUAAAACCACGUUGAUGGUUCUUUCUACUUGUAAUAAACUUGUAGCUUAAUUCCGCAUUGGGUGAGGUAAUAAACCUUAGGACCUAACAUAUAAUUCUUUCUUGUAUUUCUCACAACAAUGGCUACCUAAAAAUAUGACCCAUUAUGUCCUAGUUAAUCAUCAUUUUCCCUUUAGUUUAAUCUUGUAAGCAAAACUGAUUAUACCAGUAUAAAAGCUAUUUUGCUCCUGGUGAGAGCUUAAAAGAAAUGGGCUGUUUUGCCCAAAGUUUUGUUCUGUUUUGUUUUUUUAAAUGAUGAUUACAUUGAAUGUGUAAUGUGCAAAGCCCUGGAAUAUAAUUAAAUACACGAGUAAGGAAUUCAUUUCAUGAAGAUACUUGUUUUAAAUAAUGUCUUUUAAAAAAAAAUUCUGGCCCCAGAAGAAAUAGAUCCAGAUCCACUUGGUUGUCAAAAGGACAAUCACACAAUAAACUUCAAGACCUCGUAUGCCAUAUUAAAAAGAAGAGGCUGACCAUAAGGUUUGACAGAGGAUAACAGAGGGGGGAAAAAGUGAUUUAUUAGCACAAUGUGGUACUAUUUGCCAUUUUAAACUAGAACAGGUGUAUAAGCUAAUAUUGAUACAAUGAUGAUUAUGAAUUCUUAAGAUGCGUUGAAAUGUGACAUUCUUAAAAAAGAAGAGAAAGAGUUUUAAGAGUAGCAGUAUAUAUGUCUGUGCUCCCUAAAAGUUGUACUUCAUUUCUUUUCCAUACACUGUGUGCUAUUUGUGUUAACAUGGAAGAGGACUCAUUGUUUUUAUUUUAUUUUUAAAAUUUUUCUUUCUUUUUUUAUUAAGCUAGCAUCUGCCCCAGUUGGUGUUCAAAUAGCACUUGACUCUGCCUGUAAUAUCUGUAUCUUUUCUCUAAUCAGAGAUACAGAGGUUGAGUAUAAAAUAAAACUGCUCAGAUAGGACAAUUACGUGCACUGUACAAUUUUCCCAGUUUACAGGUCUAUACUUAAGGGAAAAGUUACAAGAAUGCUGAAAAAAAAAAUUGAACACAAUCUCAUUGAUGAGCAUUUUUUAGAAAACUAAAAAAAAAAAAAACCUUUGCCAGCCAUUUACUUGACUAAUGAGCUUACUUACUUGGACUCAACAUUGCAAGCGCUGUGAAUGGAAAACAGAAUACACUUAACAUAGAAAUGAAUGAAUGCUUUCGCUUCUACAGUGCAAGGAUUUUUUUUUGUACAAAACUUUUUUAAAUAUAAAUGUUAAGAAAAAAAUUUUUAAAAAACACUUCAUUAUGUUUAGGGGGGGACUGCAUUUUAGGGUUCUAUUGUCUUGGUGGUGUUACAAGACUUGUUAUCCAUUUAAAAAUGGUAGUGGAAAUUCUAUGCCUUGGAUACACACCGCUCUUCAGGUUGUAAAAAAAAAAACAUACAUUCGGGAAAGGUUUAAGAUUAUAUAGUACUUAAAUAUAGGAAAAUGCACACUCAUGUUGAUUCCUAUGCUAAAACACAUUUAUGGUCUUUUUUCUGUAUUUCUAGAAUGGUAUUUGAAUUAAAUGUUCAUCUAGUGUUAGGCACUAUAGUAUUUAUAUUGAAGCUUGUAUUUUUAACUGUUGCUUGUUCUCUUAAAAGGUAUCAGUGUACCUUUUCUGGUAGUGGAAAAAAAAAAAGACAGGCUGCCACAGUAUAUUUUUUUAAUUUGGCAGGAUAAUAUAGUACAAAUUAUUUGUAUGCUUCAAAAAAAAAAAAAGAGAGAGA